CUCAACCACUGCCCUCAUUCUUCAAUUUACUUUGAACGCCUUAUUAAGGACGUACGAUCAUGCUGACCCCCAAACUCUUAGCUAGCUACGUGGGCGUGCUCGCUGUUGUAGCGGACACCCAGGUGACAUCGGACCCGGCGUCCGCUGCGUACUCGCUGUCGGCCUUUGCUAUUGGUGACUGGGGAACAACCACCUUCAAGGGUUCGUGCUGCUCGCGUUCUGACACUUACAGCAACUACGAUAUCAACGCCGAAGAUGUCGUGGCCAGUUUGAUGAACACGGAGGCUGGAAAUGCCGCCGUGAAGCCGAAGGUGAUCAUCGGACACGGUGACAACUUCUACUGGACGGGAAUCAACAGCCUGGAGGGCCGUGACUCGCGCUUCGCCACGACGUUCGAGGAGAAGUUCAACGGCAACAACAUCAAGACGAUCCCGUGGGUGAACGUGCUGGGCAACCACGACUACGGUGGUGCCAGUUACGUGUGCAACCAGGGAGACAACAACGCUAAGUGCGAGUCCACCGACGCUCUACUCCAGGGACUGGACAACAAGUUCAAGUGGCAGUCGGAGUACACGAGUCCGAACGACAACCGCUGGAACCUGGACGACCACUUCUACGUGCACCGUAUCGAGGACCCGGCCACGGGUGUCAGCAUUGACAUCUUCAACGUGGACACAAACGACGCCGACAUCCACGGCGCGAUGCAGAUCUGUUGCCAGUGCUACGGCUACUCGAACGGCGACAGUGCUACGUGCCGCAACGUUGGCCGUGGCCACCAGUACUGUUGUGGUGGUGAUACCGCUAUGUUUGACUCGUGCAUGGGCAAGUUCUCGCAGUGGGGCGACGAUAGUCGCAAGCAGAUCGCCGAAAAGGUGAAACAAUCGACGGCGACAACAUGA